AUGCAUGCAAGAGAAGAGAAGAUGUUUCAUACGGUGCUUUAUCCAGAUAAGCCUCAGAUUGAAAUACCUGCUACUUUCAAGAAAAUAUGGUAUAAAAAGCUGAAAACACAUGAACAUGCAUGGCUGGUACAUCCAGAUGGAGAAAAAACUUUGGUUCAUUUGAAUCUCUACAAGUUUGACUCAUAUCUGUCCUCGGGAAUAAUCGUAUCACAGAAUUUGAACGUUAAAGAACCAACUGAAAUAGUUUUGGAAUAUGAAGAAGCUGAUAAUAGAUUUAAAGUAACAGUUAUCAAAAAUGAAAAAGAUGAUAUCUUGAAGACCAUACCAAAUGCUGGUGCUGCUGCAGAAAAGUCCAAUGCUCAAGCAAUAACACAAUCAACCUUUAACUCUGCGAUAAUUAAUCCACAUUUGCUGGAUUUCAAUUUUCAUGGUGCUUACAAGUGGGAAAAGAAAGUCACAAAAGCAAAUGCAUGCCGAAAAAAAAACCAACCUUUGUAUGUUCCAAGAGAUGGAGUUCGACACUCCCUUCAACAUAAAGAAUUCAUUGUUGUGCAAUGUGCACACUGUCAAAUUUUGGUUAAGUGCAAGAUUUCUCCCGCUACUAGAGAUGACAACAACACUGAGAAAUACAUUACCACCGGAUGGAAUGACUUUGUUAAGCAUAAGAAACCAAAAGUUGAUGACAAAAUGGAGUUUGAAUUGAAUCAGGCUGGAACUGUUCUGCGUGUCAAAUUUGUUAACAAUGACACAAAUAACUAAUAUGAUGUUGUUUCCGGAGUCACGGAUUUGUGCUUUAAUCUACUAUAUCAAGCUGUCAACAUUCCCUAAAUCUACU